UAACACUUGUUUAUGAUCAAAAUGGCACAGCAACGCACACCAGCUGCACUGGCAGCCAUCAACUAUUAUCAGAUAUGUCUCGCUUUAGUUAUUUCCAUCGUAUGGCUGACGCACGACGCAUGCGCACUACCCGCUGUGGGUGGCGUGAAUACGCCAGAGGGCAUACCGCACUAUAGUACACGUCAACAGGCUGAUAUGCAACAGAUAAUGCUGAAUGAGUUGCUCAACAAUGUUAACGAGGAUGUGCUCUACAAUGAACUGAAAAAAUAUCAACGUAAACAAUAUAACCAUCUGAGUAAGUGGCCGGCCUUACGGGGACCAUUGCUAAUGGCUGAUUAUGAUGAAAAUUUCGCCGAUUCAAGUGAUGCUCAUGACAGUUCCGAGAUGCCAAAAAUACGAUUUGUUGAACGUCUACGACAGCUGGCUGCUAAUUCGAUAGAUGACAUAGACGAUGAGCGCGCCGAUAAUCACCCAUUUAUACCGACGGCUAUGCCACCGAAGAGGAAGCCUCAAUCAGCACCGGUUGUAUUCAAGGAUCAUGGCACCAAAAAGAAUAUACAAUCAGUACACAAACAAUAUAUGUCUCCUUGCCAUUUCAAAAUCUGCAACAUGGGACGCAAACGGAAUGCACGAUUCUUUGAGGACUAAGCUCAGACUUGUUGGGGUAUUUGCACAGAUAUGGUAUAGAAAACAAUUAUUUUAGCGGCCAAUGCUACUUAAUACAUACAGACAUGUAUAGUUUAGCUACAUGUGUACAUAUAUAUAUACAUAUGUGCAUGUAUGGUAGACGGUAAUAUUUGCCCAUCACUGGGUUAGGGAGUCGAACAAAAAAGUAUUUACGUGUAAUUUAGUUAUUUGAAGUCGUUGAGGAGUACAUACAAUUUUACAUUAAGCAACAAAAAGCGGUUACUGGCAUAGCAGAACAGUACUGUACAGUAACAAAGAAACAAGUAUUUAUUACCCCUUAAUAUAUACAUAUGUAUAUUACAUACAUACAUGUACAUGCAUACAUAUAUGUUCUAUGUAGUUUAGUUUUAUUUAAUUAUACACAAUACGAACACAUAUACAUUUACACAUAUUUUUUGAAUUUAAAUUAGCGCGAAAUAUUAGCUAUAACUAUGGAAACUGGAAAAAUGUACAAUUGCAACAAAAUAAUCAGCUACCGAAUAUUUAUUCUAGAAAAUACUAUCAAUAUGCAUACAGAUGUACUUGACUAGAUGUUUGUUAAAUGAAAAAGCAGAAAGUACCAAAGCGUAAUAUAAUAAAUAUAAAAUCUAUAAAGCUCUGACGAAGCAAAUUCGCCUUGAAUA